AUGUCAGGCCUAUUUAAUAAAGUUGCAUCCUCAUUACGUGGAGGCGGUUGUGGGUCGAUUAAAAUAAUUCCCAACUCAGAAGUAGACUUUAAGGCUGAUAUUUACGACAUAGAAAAUUUCAUAACUAGAUUUGAUUCUGUUGUCUAAAUUAUACACACUAAAGUAGAUGAUGCGGCCAAUUAAUCCGAAGCUUAAGAAAUAAUGAUAGCCAUAUAAUGGUUUAUUUUUUUAGAGGAAAACAUUUACAAACUUAUCAAGAAUGCCUAAAAGGUCAUGAAAUCAUACAACUUAAUUAUAGAUGGAAUCCUAAAAUUACUGAAAAGUUGUUUAAUCUAUGUCAGAACGGAUUCAUUUAAAUGUUUAUUCAUCUUAAGGACUACAUCUUCUCUAUCUAAAGUGAUAUUUAUCUUCCAUAUGAGAAAGGGUUAAAGAUUAAUGAACUGUGACACAUAAAAGCAAUUUUUGGAUAUUUGUGAUGAAUUAAAAUAAUAAAUUGAAAUAGAGAAAAAUGAUAUAAUUCAAACUUAAUUGGAAAUUUACCUUUUCCUAACAAAAGCUUCAUUUCAGGUGGCCCCAAAAGAUGGUAAAGAUAGGGAUGAUAAUUUAAACGGUUGUUUAAAUGGUAUCUUUAACUCAAUAUUUGAUAUGAAACCUAAUAAUGAAUUGUUUAUGUAAUUGUAUCGAGCAUGCCUACAUUACAAUAAUUAUGCAAUUUAGAAAAAUAGAAAAUAAUAUGAAGAUUAUUUUUAAUAGAUAUGUUGUUAUGGGAGAUCAUCAAUAAUUUAAAAAAUGAAGGCUAACUGA